UGGUCUUAAAAGCGAGUAUGGAGAGGGGUUAAGAGAAAGAUCCAUUCCCAUGUGCACGUUGAAAAGUCUAUUCUUGUUAGCCACGGCGAGUCAAACUGGGAGGGCAGUCACAAUUCAGCUUCCAACCCAAUCGAACACAUAAUAGGUUGCCUUGUUUCUCAUCACUUUCAUUCCAAAGUUAUACCUUUCAGCUGUAACAAGGGAACCUGUGUUUUUUUCUUUUCUGGGUUUAUCAUAUUUGUACAGAUACAUAUAAAGAACAGUUUUUUUUGUCUUUCUCUGUGCUUAAGACUUCUUUCUCACCCUCUGCAAAUCACUUCCUUUCAGUUGUUUGAUUCUUUUGUUUCUUCCAUUUCAUUGCUUCAACGCCACAUAUCUUUCUUGUUUUUCACAACUGCUUUUGAGGGUCAUUGAGUUGUUAGAGCUGGGUUUGAAACUUUCAAGGGUAAAUCUGAUAAGUUUGAGAGUUUUUGGUGGAGUUUGAGCCAUGGCUGGGGGUAGAAGGAGGAGGCAUCACUUCGGCAGAAUCCAUGCAUUCACGUGUGGGAAAGCUUCCAUGAAGGAAGAACAUUCACUGAUUGGAGGCCCUGGGUUCUCAAGGAAAGUCCAUUGCAAUGACCCUGAACGUGCCACCGCGAGUCUUCUCAAUUAUGGAGACAAUUAUGUCAGAACAACUAAGUAUACAUUGGCCACGUUCCUCCCCAAGUCCUUGUUUGAGCAGUUCAGGAGGGUUGCAAAUUUCUACUUCCUCGUUUGUGCAGUUUUGUCUUUCUUUCCGGUGUCUCCUUACUCUGGAGUCAGUAAUGUUGUCCCUCUACUGGUUGUGGUAGCUGCCACAAUGGCCAAAGAGUUCGUUGAAGAUUUUAGACGAAAACAACAGGAUAUAGAGAUAAAUAACAGAAAAGUUAAAGUGCAUGGUGGAGGUAGUGAUUUUGCCUAUUCUAAAUGGAGGGAUUUGAAAGUUGGAGAUAUAGUGAGAGUGGAAAAAGAUGAAUUUUUUCCUGCUGAUCUCAUCUUACUUGCGUCAAAUUAUGAUGAUGCAAUUUGCUAUGUCGAGACUAUGAAUCUUGAUGGAGAGACAAAUCUGAAACUGAAACAAGCAUUGGAAGAAACUUCAAAGUUGCAAGAAGAUUCGAGCUUUCAAAAUUUCAGGGCUGUCAUCACAUGUGAAGAUCCAAAUGCAAAUUUGUACGCAUUUGUUGGAAGCAUGGAGUUUGGGGAUCAACAGUAUCCUCUUGCACCUCAACAGCUACUUCUCAGGGACUCUAAGCUGAGGAACACAGAUUUUGUUUAUGGUGUGGUAAUCUUUACUGGACAUGAUACAAAGGUUAUGCAGAAUGCAACAGACCCGCCAUCCAAGAGAAGCAAAAUUGAGAAAAGGAUGGAUAAAAUUAUCUACUGCCUCUUCUUUCUACUUAUUUUGAUUUCUUUCAUUGGGUCCAUAUUCUUUGGGAUUACAACAAAUGAUGACAUUGAAAAUGGAAGAAUGAAGAGAUGGUACCUUAGACCAGAUGAUACCGAAAUUUUCUAUGACCCUAAUGAACCGGUAGCUGCUGCAAUUCUGCAUUUCUUGACAGCACUUAUGUUGUACAGUUACUUGAUUCCGAUUUCCUUGUAUGUAUCCAUUGAAAUUGUGAAGGUUCUUCAAAGCAUUUUCAUCAACCAGGAUGCGAAUAUGUAUUAUGCGGAAACUGACAAGCCAGCACAUGCUCGUACAUCAAAUUUGAAUGAAGAACUUGGCCAAGUAGAUACCAUACUUUCAGAUAAGACAGGAACUUUGACUUGUAAUUCUAUGGAAUUUAUCAAGUGUUCUAUUGCUGGGGUUGCUUAUGGCCGAGGAGUUACAGAAGUUGAGAGAGCUCUAUCUAUGAGACAUGAAUCAGAUUCGGGUAAAGAGUUGAAAGAAAACAACAACAGUGCAAUGGUUCGUGAAUCAAAGCCAUCCAUUAAAGGGUUUAACUUUAUGGAUGAAAGGAUCAUGAAUGGAAAUUGGAUCAAAGAACCCAAUUCCAAUGUAAUCCAGAAUUUCUUAAGGCUUCUCGCUGUAUGCCACACUGCAAUACCAGAAGUUGAUGAAGUAACUGGGAAGGUUUCAUAUGAAGCUGAAUCACCAGAUGAGGCAGCUUUUGUGAUUGCGGCCAGGGAACUUGGAUUUGAAUUUUAUGAAAGGACACAUACAGCUAUUUCACUGCAUGAAUUAGACCCCAUAACAGGCCUGAAAGUUGAAAGGUCCUACAAACUUCUGAACGUAUUAGAGUUUAGUAGUGCAAGAAAACGGAUGUCUGUAAUUGUAAGAGAUGAGGAGGGGAAACUGUUGCUUCUCAGCAAAGGCGCUGACAGUGUAAUGUUUGAACGAAUUGCAAAGAAUGGAAGGCAAUUUGAAGAGAACACAAAGCAGCACCUCAGUGAAUAUGCUGAUUCUGGUUUGAGGACCUUGAUACUUGCAUAUCGUGAACUUAAUGAGGAAGAGUACUAUCAAUUUAAUAAAGAGUUCACAGAGGCCAAGAACUUAGUGAGUGCAGACCAGGAGCAGCUUGUUGAGAGCAUAAUACAAAAUAUUGAGAAGGAUUUAAUUCUUCUUGGUGCUACUGCAGUUGAAGACAAACUACAAGAUGGGGUUCCUGAAUGCAUUGAUAAGCUAGCACAGGCUGGGAUUAAGCUAUGGGUUUUAACUGGUGAUAAAAUGGAGACAGCAAUUAAUAUAGGAUUUGCUUGUAGCUUACUCAGACAAGGAAUGAAACAAAUUAUAAUUAGCUCAGAUACUCCAGAAAUCAAAUCAUUGGAGAAAAUGGAGGACAAGGCUGCUGCUGAUGCGGCAAUUAAGUCAAGUGUUAUUCGUCAACUAAGGGAGGCAAAAUCCUUACUUUCUUCAUCAGAUGAAAGCUAUGAGGCCUUAGCCUUGAUCAUUGAUGGGAAGUCUCUUACAUAUGCACUGGAAGAUGAUGUAAAUGAUUUGUUUCUUGGACUUGCCAUUGGCUGCGCAUCUGUUAUCUGCUGUCGUUCCUCUCCCAAGCAGAAAGCACUUGUUACAAGACUUGUGAAGAUGAGAACUGGUAGUACAACACUAGCUAUUGGAGAUGGGGCAAAUGAUGUUGGAAUGCUCCAAGAAGCAGACAUUGGAAUUGGUAUUAGUGGUGUGGAAGGCAUGCAGGCAGUUAUGUCAAGUGACAUUGCAAUAGCCCAAUUUCGGUUUCUUGAGCGGUUGCUUCUUGUGCACGGACAUUGGUGUUACAGAAGGAUAUCAUCAAUGAUCUGCUACUUCUUUUACAAGAAUAUUACCUUCGGCUUCACUCUGUUCUUCUUUGAGAUAUAUGCCUCAUUCUCCGGCCAGGCUGCAUACAAUGAUUGGUUCAUGUCACUAUAUAAUGUCUUCUUCACUUCACUUCCUGUAAUUGCAUUGGGAGUGUUUGAUCAGGAUGUCUCUUCCAAACUAUGUCUCAAGUUUCCAUUAUUAUACCAAGAAGGCAUCCAAAACAUUCUAUUCAGCUGGAAAAGGAUCAUCGGUUGGAUAAUUAAUGGAGUUGUGACUUCUGCCAUCAUAUUCUUCUUCUGCAUCCGUACCAUGGAACAUCAGGCAUUCCGCAAAGGGGGUGAAGUGGUGGAGCUGGAAGUUCUUGGUGCCACCAUGUACACCUGUGUUGUGUGGGUGGUGAAUUGUCAAAUGGCAUUAUCUAUCAGUUACUUCACUUAUGUACAGCAUAUAUUCAUCUGGGGAAGCAUCAUAUUCUGGUAUAUAUUCCUCAUGGCAUAUGGAGCCAUAGACCCUUCCUUCUCCACCACUGCCUAUAAGGUCUUCGUUGAAGCUCUUGCACCAGCACCAUAUUUCUGGAUCAUCACUUUGCUCAUUCUCAUUGCUUCCCUUCUUCCAUAUUUCGUCUAUGCUUCCAUCCAAAUGCGUUUCUUCCCCAUGUACCAUCAAAUGAUUCAGUGGAUAAGGAAGGACGGCCAAACGAGUGAUCCAGAAUACUGCAAUGUGGUAAGGCAGCGAUCGAUAAGAAACACCACAGUUGGAUUCACAGCUCGUUUGGAAGCAUCCAAACGUUUUAAUGCAUCCAGAAGAGUUGAAUCAAGCACAAAACCUGAAACAACAUCCAUAAUAUUUGAAUCAUCCAAACGUUCUGAAGGGCAGUCUGAUGACCGAUAAUCAUAAUUUUGUUGCUGUUGUUGUGUUGUUGUCUCAGCUGGAUUCAUCCGUAAGAGGAAAACAAAAAGAGACAAGGGUGUAAAUUUUUCCAUAGGUUACAAACCUUGUACAUAUUUAAGGUAAAGGAGCGUUUUCCAUAUGCAGCAUGACAUGAAUCCUUAAACGAAGCACAAUAAAGCAGUCUGUUCGUUGGUA